AUGCCAUUAUUUUGCGCUGUUGUUAAUUGUGGUAACAAGUCCGCAAAAACUACUGAUAUGGGAUAUUAUCGGUACACAGUCUUAAGGAGGCAAAAGUGGAUUCAGGCUCUAAAACGUGCUGACCCAACUGAGAGAAAGUUGAAGUAUGCCAGAGUGUGUUCUCGUCAAUUUUCAUUCAGUAAGCUUGCUUAUCUGGAACAUGAGACCAGUCCAGACUGGGUUCCUUCUUUACAUAUGGGGCAUCAAAUCCAUCAGAUGAUGUCACCCCUAAGUAGAUUUAAGCGGUUACAAAGACAGGACGCUAUGGUAUACUUAUAG